AUCAAUUAAUUGAAACACUGAAAAAAUAGCAUAUAUUUGUCAUGGUAUGUUGGAGCAUGCCAAUAGCAUAAACCUUCUUCAUUAAGGAAAUUCUAUCACUCUUUUGCUCAACUGUUCAGCAUGUUGUUGUACCUGCAGCUGACACUACCUCCCUUGUCUUAACUUUAUUCAUCUUAUUUAUCAAUCAGUUCCAAAAACUCAAACUAUUACAACUUCACCAAUCACACACUCACACCAUUCUUUCAUUUUGCUGUAAAAAAAGUAAUCUUUUAAACUUCUCACUUCUGAAUUCCAAUACCCAAAAGACCAUCAAAUUCAAUGGCUUAUGGCAGAAGCAGAACCUCCUCUGUUUUGGAUGGGUUCACUCUGAAUCCCCUGCCAUAUCCUGUUCUGUUAAUCUUAGCACUCAUCUUCCUCUUCUUUGCCAUUUCAUGGUACUUUUCCUAUGAAGAAGUUGUUGAAACUGCUGAAGAACAAUUUGGUUGGGUACUAUUUGCUACCCCAGUGGUGCUAAUACUAAUAGUUCGUUGGUUAUCUUCUAUGGAGAAUUCAGAGUGGUUCUCUGCUUCGUUACCUUGGGAGAGUCGCAGGAGAACCCACCAAGGCCCUUCAGAAGGAAGCUCUCCAUGGGGUGUGGCUGCUUUGAUCCUGGUGCUGCUCAUAAUGGCUCAAUACCAAUCAAACUUUCUUAAUAGCUGGUUUGUGUGAUUUGAAAAUUUUCUCUAUAUGUUUGUUUUACCUUUCUGUGUCUUUUUAUCUUUGCUCAUAACUUAAAGUUAGUGUAAAAAUCCUGAGUUUUGUAAUUCUUAAAUAUGUAGAUACAGACGUGAUGAUGCCUGUGUAAAUAUAUAUGAAAGUGUUCAGGGUGAUUUCACAUUUUUA